AUGGCGACGGCGCCGAAAAACCUCUACCAUCGCCGACAAGUCGCCGAGUCCAGCGCGAAAGCCUGUUGGAUCUGCUAUAAGCCGAGCAGCACCGUUCUCAUCACACCAGAGCAAGACGACUGGUUCCAUUUAUGUAGCGGCCACCUCGUUGACACGAAAUUCGCAAUUCCCAAAGACGGCGAAGACUUGGCGAAGAAAAAGCACGAAGAAGCUGUGCAGAGGGAAAUCGACGCACUGAAGAAAGAAUGGGAGGAGAAAGUCGCGAAGAAAUUGGCCAAGAAAAAAGGCAAAGAUGCCGCAGCGGGUGGAGAGGAUAAGAAGAAGAACGAGGAGAAAGAUGAGGCCGAGGAGGAAAAGGAGAAGGAUGAGCAACUGAAGGCGCUCGAGGAGAAGAAGAAAGGAGCGGCGGGACAGACAGCGGCGUCGAAAGUGACUAUUGACGGACCGAGGAUUUUCGAACUGCAGAAACAGUUCUUUCAGAUGCGUCUGCAGAAGAAACGGGAGGCGGAGAUGGCGAGGAGGAAUCUCCAAAGACUACAGACGCCCGAUGCGUUUCCCAGUGUGCCUUCUGGACGGCCUGGCCCAUGA